CAUUGUGGGAGCAGGAUGACAUGAUCCACCGAUCGAGGAAACCAAAAACAGAAAAUAUUUUCCUUCGAUUUUUAGCGUUUGUUUUUAACUGUUUACACUAUGGAUUUACGUAAAGUACCAGACGAGGAGAAAGUUAGACUCUGUAGAAGAUACACCAUAAUUGGUUUAGCGUUUUUACCGUUCCUGUGGUUCAUCAACGUCGUAUGGUUCUUUAAAGAAGCGUUUUGUAGAGAGAGAUUUCCUGGUCAGAGCAAGAUGAGAUCUGAUAUAGUCAAGUCAGCCAUAGGGCUAAUUAUAUGGAUUGCAGGACUAACAACAUGGAUUGUGAUGUUUCAAAAGAACAGAGCUGAAUGGGGAUACUAUGGGGAUAAGAUUUCAUUUCUCAUUCCUCUCGGAAGGCCAUAGCUCGGCUUGUAGAAAACCUUUUAAAGCUGCCCUUGGAAAUUGGUAUUAGUGAUUCUUAUAUUCACAACAUACACAAUGUAUAUACGCCCAUCAAUUGGACUAAAGCCAGUGUCUAUACCAGUAUUAAUAUCAUAAACGUUAUACUGCUAUUAAUUCAAUUUAUGGUCAACCCUCAAAUGAUAGAGCCAGCAUUGAGUAGUCCAAAGAAAUAUCGGUUUUGUAUGUUUGACUCCCCUCUUCCCCAUCAAAAAGUUGAAUAUGAACAUCUUAGAAUAUAGACCCUCUAAUCAUUGGGCCCUUUGUAUUUUAUUUUUCCCUUGGGACCAAUGAUGUCUUUGUUAACAUUUACCCCCAAAACUAUAAGAGCUUUACAAGAGUUCCUAGUGGAGCUCAAUUGAAAGACGUGAUCAUGACCGGCAACUGAUUGGCCGUUAUUAUAAGCCCUGGUUGCUGCAUCAAGUCUCUAAAUAGCUAGUGGUCUAACUGACAUUAGUAGACAGCUUUGGAUCUUGGUUCAAGGCAUGGAUCCUAGUUAGGUUCAUUGGGUGUCUAUAAACUUUAUUUCCCUGCCUAGUUUUUAAAUUUUUUAUACAAAUGUUGGGAUAAACCAUCAUAAAUGCUCAACUUUAAUUAUUAGAUUUGAUUUACUUAUUUCAUGAGAACUAAGGUUACUUCAUUUCCAAUCCAUGUCCUGCUUAGAUGUCUCUAGCAGAUUACAUAUAGGUGACACAAGCCUCUUGGAUGUGCUAUUGGUCAGAAUUUACUCUGACAUGAAAUUUUACUUAUACCACAUUUUUGUAAUAAAAGCAAUAUAUUAUUUAUAAAUUUACUAGGAUAAAGUACUUUCAUCAAAAUUAUGCAUAAGGAAUGAUGGAAUACAUAGAGAUUACCUCUACGACAAGUGAAUAAAAACCGUAGGCGCUCACUAACCAUGAAGUAAUUUAUUUAUUUUAUAAGUACUGAGAUAUUACAAGUAAAGAUUUUUUGAACUUGGAGUUGAGAGAAAAAUUUAUUGAACCUAGAACAAUUGGUUAACCUAAUGACUAACACACGAAAAAUAUAACACUUCCUUUUCCUUUCUGUUUGGGUUCUCAUUGCUUUGAUUGCAAAGCUUUUCAUGUCUGUUCAAAGUCAGCGUCUUUGAUGAUGCUCACCCGAUGAUUUUUCUUCUUUAGAUAUCAUUCAAAAUUAGCUAUAAAAGCCCGUAGAGAGCUUGGUUCGUAGUUUUCGUUGGCUGGUUCUUUCUUACGGACCGAGGACGAAUUUGCUGAGGUAUUCGUUGAGUUCUUUUGCAAGAAUCUGUUCUAUAGCCCUCGUCUCUCCUUUCGUUUGUAAAAAUUCCCCCAUUAGGAGUGCCACAUCGUUCUUUGUCUUUUUUCUAGUGUUUUCGUUUUACGGGCUCUCGAUACACUCAGUGAUUGAGUCGAUUUGGGCAAAUCUUGAGCAACAACCUUCCAUGUUUAAGAACUUUUGACAACAAGCAUUCAAACACGAGCUGACACUUUCUGCAUGAAGCACAGGAAAACUCGAUACGAUUUUUUUCACUAGUGAAAAAUAUUGUAUAGCCAAUCACAGUGCUGAUACGAUGUUCUUCACUAGUGAAGAAAAACCUAUAGCCAAUAGGAUCGCUAAUUGUUUUUGUGAUUUUUAUCAAAUAGCUUGCGAACAUGUAAAUCUCAGUACUUAUAUAAUAAAUAUAUCAUACAUGCUUUGCAACAGUCCUCUAAAUAAAAUGAAUAUUGAUAUAUUGGGUGCAUUAUGGGUAAUUUUCGAUUAAAAACAACGUUUUAAUAAA